AUGGGGAGCAUCGACCUCACAAUGAAAGUCAUCAUCAUUGGAGCAGGACCUGCAGGUUGCGCGCUCGCACACGGCCUCAAGAAAUACGGCAUUCCCUUCAAUAUAUACGACAAGGGCGCAGACGUAUACCGACACCGCCAUUGGGCCUUCACUCUUGGCUGGGCUCGGCCGUAUCUUUUCGACCUGAUUCCCGAAGAACUGAGCGACCAAAUCAACUCAUGCCAGGUAGACCCGUACGUCGACUGCGCAGCCAUUGGGGAAGAUCGCAUUGUCAUCUACAAUGGUCAGACACGAGAAGAAGCCUUUGCCUUCCCGAUUCCCAAGGCGCGAGAAAUCAACAUCCGCAAGUUGCGCGUGUUGCUGGCGGACCAACUCAAUGUGCAGUACAGCAAGAGCUUCUCGCACUAUGAAACGAACAACCAAGGCCGUGUCAAAGUCUACUUCGACGAUGGCUCAACAGACGAGGGCGAUGUGCUCAUAGGCAUCAACGGCGCCAUGUCAAAAGUCCGCCGUUGCCUGCUCCCUCGAGAGGGCAACAUGGAUACGUUGCCUUUCGCCCUCAUGAACUUCAACGCGUCGUACACAGACGAGCAAGCCCGCUUCAUCAAAGAGCGGCUUCACCCUCUCGUAGAUAUCGCCAUCCAUCCAUCUGGCCAUUACAUCCGCGCCAACGUGCUCGACAUGCCCGACGAGAACGAUGCCAGCACCUGGACAUUCCAGAUUCUGUCCACUUGGCCACUCAAAUAUGUCGAGGACCACGACAACGAAGGAGACCGACUCAAGAGACUGAAAGCGCACGUACAAAGGGAUGGCUGGGCCGAGCCUUACAAGAGUGCCAUUGAGUGGAUACCAGAGGACACCAACGUGCUGCGAGACCAGCUCAAGAUUUGGAAAACGGUUCCGUGGAACAACCAAGAUGGGAGAAUAACAUUAUGUGGCGAUGCAGCACACGCCAUGACAUUUCACCGUGGCCAAGGUGCAAACAAUGCGUUUUAUUCUGCACAUUGCCUCGUCGAAGCUCUCAAAAGCGUACAGUCUGGGACCGCGACUCUUAAAGAUGCAAUCACAGCAUACGACGAGAAGAUAUGGUUACGUGGUGCCAACGAGGUCCAAAUUUCCAAAGCGCAGACCUUCUUUACACACGAUGGUCUUGACAACUUUAUUAAUAGCCCCGUCAUGAAGUUGGGAACAAAGCCGAGCCAUUCGGCCAAGAGUGAGGGAUACGAGUAAUUCAAAACAAAACAUAUGUAAUAUAUUGUUGCACAGAACGGUAUUGGUCUAUUGAAUCUAAACCUGGAGUACGAAAGUUAACAACAAGAAACAUUUGCAAAUCAUCGUAAAUAAUAGCAGGGCUACAGGAGAGGAACCCAUUCUGAGC